UUUUUCUUGCGUGAAGGUUGGCAAUGCGUUUUACUGUGACAGUCAGGAACACUUCUCUGAAUUUUGGCAAAAAAUCCUAGAAUUUCACAUUGGAUGGAUAUUCCUUUGAUUUCGGGAGAAAAAAUCCCAUGCACCAUGAUCAGUGAAGACGAUAAGGAUGGUAGUGCUAGGCAAAAUGCACAGGAAAGUGGACAAACUACGAAGAUUUGCGUAAGGAAGAUUCCGGGUCUGAUUGCUAACCCCAUUUCUGUUGUUGUCUCGGGCGCAUCAACAACAAAACAGCCCGGAGAUGCCCCAAGUUUGCCCACAACAACUAUGCCUGGUAGAACAAUUACCAAGAGCUUGCUGACGGUUAAGACGGGCGGGGAAUCCUUGGGUGAAUGGUUUUCGCAGAAUAAGAAUAUUUUCAUGAAGGAUGGGAAUUUGUUCAUGAAAUGCGCGAAUUCCAAUAAAAUUGUUAAGCUGCAGGUGGCUAAGGCUGUUCCAGCAUCAAGUGCUCAGGGAUCUGAGUUCAAAUUGUUGCCAGUUAGUGUGAAGAAUCUGCCCAAAGACAUUAAAAUUGCCCCAAAACCUCAAACGACUGAGGCGGCAAGUCCCAGUCCAGGGACUACAUUGCAAGUCUUUAAGCCAAUUGCCAAAGCUCCACUGACUGAUGCCCCAACGGUUCCAGCAAAACCUCAACCAGAAGCCACUCAGGCCAGUCCCAAGACUGACAAAGGCGAAGUCAGGUCAAUUCAGAUAACAAAUCUUCCAACGGGAACAAUUCUGGAUUUCAAGGGGCCUGCUUUUGGGAUAAAUAGCCGAUUUCCUAGUCUACAGGAUCCAUCUAAGGAAUCCCCGGAUUCUAGAGGAUUUAAUAUACAAAUCUCAAAUGGGCGCCUUUCGGAUCCCGAUGGACCCAUUAAAAUGCUGGGACUUGCAGGUAAAUCCCUAUCAGUGACACGCAAGAGUAUCACCAUCAAUUCCGAUGGCACAAUUAGCUCAGAAAAUUCCCUGAAAGAAGCAAGAGAUUUGCUAGUAGACGAAAAAGUUGCUAAAAGUGAAAAAACUCCAAGGAAAAUUGCCCGUUCAUCAUCAACGGAUGAGACACCCAAGAAAACCCCAACGCCCCGUCGGCUGUCAGAACCCCUGAAACCUACAGGUCCCAUUGAAGAGACUCCCAAACCACAAGAAAAAGCCACUUUUGAAUCUCUUCUGUGCGAUGAGAGCCUGGAAAAUUCGUCCGACAGUGAAAAGAUUGAGAAAUCACCGGUCCAGGAGCACCCAAAUGGCCUUCUGGAUCCCCUGGAAGCAUCUGAUGGUGAUCCUGAUCGCAAUGAACGCGGAUUUGACGAAAGGAGCUUAACUCAGAGAAACGCCAACUGCCAACUAAUGAAGUUGACUGCACGACGGGAGGGUGAGGAUGAGGAUCCGCUCAAUUUGAUCCGCUGGGAGGAUGGCAUUGGCUAUCUCUAUGGCAGUAACUUGCACUUCCAGUUCAAUGAACUGGGACUUGUGGAUAUCAUGGAUGAUGAUGAAUUUAUGCGGUAUCAGCAGACUGAAUCACACUACGACCAACCCAUUUGUGAUCGCGAACUCAAUCCUUUGCGCGUGAGGCAACUGCAGACAGCCACUGAGCCCAUUUACACAUGCCUCUCGUGCUCAUGCUCAGGCCUUGCGGCGGACUUCCUGGCUCCGGAUUACUGUAGCAAAGCCUGUAUUAAUAUUUCGAAGCGUCGAUCAUGCACGGAAACAGAGGAGGACGGCAAAAGUACGUCCACGAAGCGCAAGAGCAAGGACAAUUCUGUUUUUCCGUGGAAAGACUAUUUGGCGUCAACUAACAGCCAAAGGGCUCCAGAUGAACUCUUUCCACACUGCAACAGUGAUAUUCUCGAUUACUAUACCAAGCAUCCGUUUCGUCCUCAAACGAAACUCGAGGCCAUUGAUCCGGACAAUUGUUCGGUAUUUGGUGUUGUAACGGUUCUAGCGGUUCAGGGACAACGGAUGUUGCUGCAUUUUGAUGGAUGUCCGGUGAAGUAUGAUUUCUGGUUGGGUUUCAGCAGUCCCGACAUCUUUCCACCGCGUUGGUGUGAGCACGAAGGGAAGAAUUUGAUUGUGCCGAGGAGUGGACAAAUGGGAAAAUUUGUGUGGCAUCGGUAUCUGGAGGAGACAAAAUGCGAAGCAGCCAAGCUUAAGAACUUCCGAAAUCUGGCCAUGGGAGGCUAUCUGAAGGCUCCUCAUGGCUUCAAGGUGGGCAUGAAGCUAGAAGCGGAAAAUGUGAAGGGCACAGGGAAGCUAACAGUGGCAACGGUGGCUGAUGUCAUUGGGGAUAGGGUUAGGAUUCACUUCGACGGGCACAGCGACAACAACGACUAUUGGUGCAACUAUGACUCACCCAGGCUUCAUCCCAUUGAUUUCCACAAGACCAUCAAGGAGGAAAUUCUGACACCGACAAGACGUAGCACAGCAUUUUCGUGGUCACGUUACUUGCAUCAGACAAACAGCCAUGGUGUGCCUGCUAAAAAUUUUGUUCAGCGGCCGCCAAGGGACUUCCGGAAGGGCAUGAAGUUGGAGGCAGUAGAUCGGGUUUGUCCGGAAUUUAUUCGUCCAGCCACGAUAAUCGACAUAGUUGGCUAUGAGUUGCGUAUUCUCUACGAUGGUUUCGACACUCAGUACGCGUACUGGGUGGACGAUGACAGUACUGACAUCUUUCCCACGGGCUACUGUGAGAUCACGGGUCAUCCGCUGGAGGCAGUGCCCAGUAACAGAUGGCCGGUUCAGCGGUGUGGCCUGAAGGUCUGCAGUGGUAAGGGGAGUGUUGCGAAUCAGUGGUAUAAGAAUCACGAGGCGGCUAUUGAGUGUCCGUACAAUAUGAAGAACUACAAUCAUCGGGCUGUGAAACCAUGUCGCCUCAAUAAUGCCAAGCACAUUGUGACGCAUUAUGCUUUGCGCUUCAGUUUGGUGAGGAAGAGGAAAUUUGGGAUGACGACAGGAAUUGAGAAGCCUGUUAAGGCCACAUCGAUUAAGAGGCCCCGUAAGACUGCUCCGAUGGCUGAGAGGAAAGUGGCUAGGACGACUCAAGAUACUCCCGAAGCAUCAACCUCACAGACUCCUCCAGAACCGAGUAGCCCGUUAAAGGAGAAUCAAGCCAUUUGGAAGAAUACCUCGAAGAUUAAGAGUCACAUCGAGCUGGGUGAACGGAAGCAAAUUAAUCCACUUCUCUGGUCAACUAAUGAAGUGGCCAAUUUUCUCAGCAAUCUCCCCAAUUGUUCGCACAUUGCAGAGAGAUUUCGCACGGAGGACAUUGAUGGAGAGGCCUUUCUGUCUCUCAGCAAGGAUGAUCUCACGAAUUUGCUGGACAUCAAACUGGGGCCUGCUAUAAAGUUGUACAAUUUAAUUGUGAAACUGCGCUCGGACAUUAAUGAACAAUUUCUGCAAUUCUAGAAAUACAGAGAGUCUUGAAUUUGUAAAGAUAUCAAUCAAACUAUUCUUCGAUCCUUUUAAAAUUGUUCUGCUUCUUAGAUCAUAAAUUAAUCAUGUUAAGAUAGAGUGGAGAUGUUAAAGAAUCUUCUACGUACAAUAAAUAGAAUAUUGUAAA